CUCCAUCAUCCUCAUCUCACUGGGCGCAUCUGCAGGCUGCAGGAGAAGAGCGAUAUGAGGUUACGCGGAUACAUCCAAACUUAGCUUUUCUUCCCUAAAGUCCCUCAAACUGAGAUGAAGGAUUUUUGAGUUAAAGAUAACUGAAAACCCCCGGCUCAUAUGAGGUAUUCGCUUUGUCACCACCAGUCUGCGUUAAUUUAGAAUCAUAAUGGAAUUACGCGUAUUUGGCACGCGUCUUUACGCAUAUGCCUGCCUCUAUUUUUGCGCUUUCAUCCUGCAAACUGUCCAUUCUCAGAGGGAACCUGUGUUGCAGCAAAGGGCAGCUCCCCGGCAAACCUUUCAGUGGUCGCACAAUGGGCAGAUUUUUAGUAUUUUAAGCCACGGAUCAGAGUAUCAACCAGCAAGGCGAAGAGGGGCACCACAGGAGCAAGUGCACGCGCGACCUGUCACCAUCAUUCGUGACGGGGACGCAUCAAGACUUCCGCAAGACACCUCGAGUCAGUCGCAGCAGCAACCGCAGCCUCAGGCGCACAGCUCCCGUGGUCUCCCGUCCGCGCUCCAACGGCUCGUGAGAGGGCACGAGCACCGCCAGCAUCACCACGAGCGCCCCGGCGAGACGCAGAGAAAUCAGGCAAAUGAGACUCAGGAAAAGGUCACUGUCAGCCCACCACUGCCCCGGAGACAAGACGUGAUGAUGGGGGAUGAUCCCUACGACCCCUACAAAUCCAUCGACAGUGAUAAUCCCUAUUACAAUUACUAUGACGUCUACGAGAGACCGAGACCGAGAUCAAGACCCGGAUAUGGCACAAGGUAUCAUCAGUACGGUAAGAGAAGGGAAAGUUAUCAUUUAAAAAAACGACUUCGGUUUAUAAUGUUUUGUGAAUACAUUACUUUUGCGUCUUCGAAGUGAAAUAACAGCAAACGAACAUAUCCAAAAGUUAACAGGACCCCCUAGUGCAGUGGUUUUCAACUGGUCUCACUCUGGGACCCACAUUUUCCCAUGGUCCUUAAAUCGCGACCUACUUUUAUAGAAUUCAAACCAAGCACAUUAAUCUUUUUAAUUAAAAAAAAACCCUUUAAAGACUCUAAUCUUUAACAUGAAUCCACUUGUUUUGCUGAGUAAAGUGCAUUUCACAGCACAUGAAGGGGACAACAUGAGAACGACAACUACUGAAGUUCCGUAUACAGAAAAUUUUGAACAUUUACUUUUUUGAUCAGCUGUUCGUGACCCAUCCAGAAUGUGUCUGCGACCCACUUUUGGGUUGGGACCCACCAGUUGAGAACCACUGCCCUAGUGUGUUUGAUGCCAUGUUACAUGUCCUUUAAAAUGCUCUCUAAGUCCAAAUCAAACAGUCAGUUUCUGUGUUAUUUGACUAUUUUAGGUCUGCCUGAUCUUGUACCUGACCCAUACUACAUCCAAGCCUCUGCCUACGCUCAGAGGGUCCCAAUGUACAACCUGAGAUGUGCAGCUGAGGAAAACUGUCUGUCAAGGUAGACUGUCUGGCUGUCACGACUUAUUCACAAAGACAAACAGAGAAAGUUAAAAAAAAAAGAAAGUGUGUGUGUGUGUGUGUGUGUUUGUGGAGGGGGGGUAGCCGCCAAGUCUGUGUGUGUGAUUCAGAGAGCUGUGAGCCAUAACAACCACCUAAAGUGUCUGUGGGUGAGAGGGCUGAGCAGUGGAAGCAUGUGAUGAGGUAAAAUUAACCAAAUCCUUCCACUGAUGGGGUGGAGCGGAGGAUUUCUGUAGUGUUUAAUCAUAGCGUGCCCAGAGGAGAGAAAGCCUGAAUGGUAAACACAUUAUUGAACACUAACCCAAACAACCUCAUGCCUUUAAAUUAUUUUUCCACCCCUCAUUUACACAGAUGGUGAAAGUUUGCCACCGCAGCCAGAAGAGGAGAUUUAGCAGGAAAAACUAUCUCAGCGGUGUCACUGUGUCCAUAUCUGACCUGCUUUUUCUCCCCUGCAGAUAUAUACUCUUCCUUUUGUUUGUGUCUGCAGCUCUGCCUAUACAGCCAGUAUAAGAGACUACGAUACCCGCAUGCUGCUGAGGUUUCCACAGAGAGUCAAGAACCAGGGGACAGCAGACUUCCUCCCCAGCAGGCCACGUUACUCUUGGGAGUGGCACAGCUGUCACCAGUGAGUAUAAUGUCACAUCAGAGCCGAGCUGUCCACCUCAUCAUCACAGAGAGAGAGAGAGAGAGAGAGAGAGAGAGAGAGAGAGAGAGAGAGAGAGAGAGGGAGAGUGGUUUGUUUUCCUGUAUCAUUUAUCCUCUCUGGCUUCAUUUAGAGCCAUUUGCAUGAAGCUCAUGAAGCUGUCAUGCAUGGAAACUUGAGCCAGAUUUGAAAUCGUCUCUGAAUACAAAUGUAGAAACAAAAAUCUGAAUCAGAUACAAAUUAAAAGCAUAUUUUUAAUUAAAAUUUUUAUUAUUCGUCAUCAUUUUGAGCCGUUUGCAUGAAGCUGUCAUGCAUGGAAACUUGAGCCAGAUCUGAAAUCGUCUCUGAAUACAAAUGUAGAAACAGAAACAGACACAUAUUUUUAAAAGUUUAUAUUUGAAAUAAAAUGUUUUCUGCACACACUGUAGCUCAAAAAUGAAUCUUAGGUUAUCUGCUCACCUGUGACGGAUCCAUUCUUUUCUUUAAAUGCUUUCAUAUCUCAGUCUGUAUCACUGCAUGUCAUCAUUUUGAGCCUCAUUUGUGCUUCUUUUGGCCUUUUUGUAGUUUUGUUGGCUGUUAUUCACAUCAAAACCGACAUAUUUACACGAGUCUUGUUGCGCCUUUAGUUUUUGCCAUCCCUACAAUCUCUGUAGAAACAAGAAGAAAAUGGAUGUGACUGAACUAAAUAUGACCUACAUCUUCAGUUUAUUUACAGCUAUAUAUCCAGACUUUGUAAAAUAAAGCUGGAGGAGUUUACGAGCCACAAAAGAAAACUCCUGGUACUUUUGCUCUUUUUGUUGAGCUUUUGGCUAACUGCCUGUUCUCUACAGAAACGAUCUCAGUCCAUAGUUAUGCUGCUAAAUAAACCAGAGCGCCGUGCCGAUGUCCAACGUAGAGCACACUUGGCAGAGGUCCAGUGAACUGUUAGUUUAGCUUGUAUAGGUUUUGUCAGUGUUUUGAAAGUCCGCUGAUGUUAAAGUCCAGACUUUUCCUUUGGCAUUAGACAAACGUCUUAAAGAUAAUGGAGUGAAAGCAGAUUUAGACCCUCUGCAGUUUUAACAACAUGAGUAUGAUAAAUGACACAGACCUACGGUGUGUGUUCAGCGAGGGUCACCCACAGCUGUUUGACUGAACGCAAACUAGAAUCUUUCCACAAAAUGUCCUUAAUUGGAACUAAAACAACACCUGGUUCCUUUCAUAAGUUUCAGAUUAAUGUCAAGCUCAGCUGGUUUUAAUAAAAAGAAAAUGUCGCUGAACAUUGUUUUUGCUGAUCCACAGGCACUUCCACAGCAUGGACGAGUUCAGCCACUACGAGCUGCUGGAUGCCUCUACACAGCAUUCAGUGGCUGAGGGUCACAAGGCCAGCUUCUGUCUGGAGGACACGUCCUGUGACUACGGCUACUACAGGAGAUAUGCCUGCACUGCACACACACAGGUGUCGAAUAUGUCUGCUGAAAGCUGUUGCUGAUGUUAGGGUUACUUUGAAAACAGCAGGCAGCUCGGUGGUUAAAUCUCGCAUCAUAUGUACAGAGGCUGCACGUCAUCCCCAACUCUCCUCCUAGCUUCUGACUAAAUCCACCGUCUUAUUCUGUCAUAAAAGUCUCUAAAAGACCAAAAACCAUAAAAGACCAGCCCACAAGUUUUACACCUUGACUCUUCAGUUACCCCUUUUCAUUCUUUUAGCAUCUUUCAGCUCUUUGUUUUGGUUUAACGGUUCACAACUUUACUCUUUUUGUUCGCUCUCUUUGCCUUAACGAUUCAUGUUUAAUACAACACAGAGGACGGACAAAAUAAGCAGCCAGGUGAUAAUUGAAAUUGUGCAUUUAGCUGCUGUAAAGUCAAAUAUAUCAUGUUGAUGUGUUGAUGUUUCUUGGUGUCAGCAUUCGAAAGAUAAGCUGCCAAAUCAACCUAAUAAAGAUAAACCUGCCAGCCCUCUGUGCAGACCUUAUUCUGCUGCCCCCAGGUGGCCGAGGAACAAUUCAGUCAGAUUUAAUUUAGAAGAUUACUGACUACCUCCACAUCCAUCCGCAAAAUUUGAUUUUGGGGCCCUCUAUUUCUGCCAAUAAUAUUGAUUAUUGAUCAUUCACGCACCUUCAAAAAUCUCUUUGAUUAACAUUUCAUGACAUGCAAACAUACCUUUAUCUUGGUGUUUUUUUCUCUUCUUCCUCUUUCUUUUCUCUGCUCCUGAAGGAUAUGUCCUUUUUUUGCGACAUUGUUUUGCCCCUGCGCUUUGGAUGCACAUUGCACAGCAAAGGCACAUAACGGUAGCGGAGCUUUGAUAUAUCAGUGGUAGGAAACAUAGGCCUACAUCAGCAGCAGCACUGAAAUGUUUUUACUUUAUUUUAUUAAAUUUUACAAUAAUGUAUAUUUGAUCAUACAGAAACAAUCACUCAUUUUGAAAAAAAUAUAUUUUUUUUUAUUGCUCUUGGGGGCCCCCUAUUGGCCGCGGGGCCCUAAGCAGACGCUUAGUUCGCUUAUGCCUUGGGCCGGCUCUGUCCAUCCACCUGGCUUUUUGAGACAGAGCAUCAGCAAUGUGAAAGUUAUUGAAAACAGAUCAUCGAAGACUUCCCCCAGAGAUAACUUACUUUUAAAGUUACACAAUUCUUGCAUCGCUUAGAGUUUGUUCUUUCUAUUUCUUUAAAAUUGACUACAACAAUCAAAACACAUGAGGUUAAUGGAUUAUACAUAAAUCGCAUGUUUUCGCUCACGUCACCUCUAACAGGUUUUAUCAUCCGUGACAGUUUUAUGAAGCGCAGGCAUCCUGUAGGCAGAAGAGUGAGCUUUUAUUCACUGCAGAUGUUUUUUUACUUGUCACAGUAGAAGAAGCCCUGGUGUUAAGAAUAGUAUUAGUGCUUGCUCAAUUCUAUAUAUAAGCAUCUCAGCAAGUCAUAACAAUGAGUCAGCAUGUUAAGUAUGAAGACCCUGACACAGCUUAAUCAAAUUUAGCCAUGUCUGUUUUAUUAUUUACACAUGUGCCUUUGUGAUUCUGAUGUUUCAAAAUGUCUUCUUUAAAAAAAAAAAAAGCAGUUGAAGUUCAAAGUGCGGCGUUAUAGAGGGAUGAACUAUAACCUUGAACUACAGUGCACUGAUGUGAUUUGAUUUACUACGUCUGAGUGCACAAAGUGUUCAGGCCAAAACGGGAAUGACUUUCCUCAUCUGCUUUUUAUGGAAUGACCUGUUUUGGAAUUUUGCUUUUGAAACUUCUGAGAAGGAGAGAGAAGCAAAGAAAACAAGCGUUCUUUUUACUGCAGCAACUGUCCUUUGGAAAAGAGCUUUCAUAUUUCCUCUUUGCAUGAGCAAGUGGUGAGAGUGAACUGAUGAUUUUUCCUUUUAUUUUUGGUUACUCUCUGUUUUCAAAGAAGUCGCAUCCCCAAAAAAAUCCUAUGAGUCAGACCAAAAAUACCAUUUAAGUUUGUGUUCUUAUUAAUUAACAAUCAGAUUUUACACAAGAGCAUACUUCCUGAAGUUAGAGCAACUGUUACAUGUGAAAAAGCCCUGUAGUGUUAUUGAAAAAGGUCUUUUUUUGUAUGUUUAUAUGAUGUUUUAAAUGGUUGCUGUCCAAUAUGCAGGGUCUGAGCCCAGGAUGUUAUGAUACCUACAACGCAGACAUCGACUGUCAGUGGAUUGACAUCACAGAUGUGAAGCCUGGAAACUACGUCCUCAAGGUUUGUCCAAAAAAAUAGAUAUUUGGCUUCCCUCUGAGAAACUAAACCUCUUCAGAAAAUCUUCACACGCAUUGAAUACCGUGGUCUUUUACGAACACUGGUGAAAAGUCUUUGCUGUUAAUCUAGCUCCUGAUUCUUGUAUUUGUCAUAUUUCUUCACAGAUCAGCGUAAAUCCACAAUAUCACGUCCCAGAAAGUGACUACAGCAACAACGUUGUGCGUUGUGAUGUCCGCUACACUGGCAACUACGCCUAUGUGUCUGGUUGUCACAUGUCAUCGUAAGUGUUGCAUCUCAAAUGGGAAACAUCUCUAUGAUAAUCUGUGAAUCCUAAAUAUGUCUUUGUCCUUUUGUGUGUGUUUUUUUCAGGUAUUAAGACAUGACAAGUCGUUCUCAGCAUGAUCUGUAAACGACAAUGAAGAGGACUGCAUAUGAAAGCAUAUAAAACUUCAUGAAGUUAGUUUUUUUAAUCUUAGAGAAGCAGUUGAUAAUUUAAAUGCUACUACUACAAAUUCAACCUAACUGUUUCGGUGCCAGGAAACGUUUUAUUCUUCUUUCCAUGUGUGUGAAAGCAUUUAUCUCCUUUUCUCAGCUCACUAACGUAUAUUUCUUAUCUCUGUUUCCAUUUCUUUACUGUAUGCCUGCAUUUUUCUUCAACAAAUUUGUCCAAUCUAAAUGCUUCGCAAAACCCAAACGUAAACCAGCAUUCUCUCAUGAAGAAAAUAUCACUAUUAUAUCACUACUUUAAAAUAUUGAAAAUAUAUUUGUUAUAUUUAUAAGCAACCGAAGAAACUCUUUCCUUAAAUGCUUUGGUGAAACUUGGUGGAAAUAAAAAGUCUGACUAUUGUAUAAAGUGUUACAACUGA